AUGUUUGUUCCCUUGCCGGUGCCGUUCGUGUUUCAGAGAAGUGCUCCUGACCUCAACGCCUGGCGUCUUAAGUCCCCGCUGGCUCUCCGCUCCAACUCCGAUAUCAGGAUGUCAAAGCCAAUCGAGGUUGAGAAGCUGGGGGCUGACUCUCCAAUGGAGGGCACAGAUUCAGAGCGAAAUGGUCCUGAAUCAAACCAUCAGGCUCAGUCAAUGAAAGUCCCCCCUUUCUCUCUUUCACCAAACCUGACUGGUAGCAAGAGUAACAUGGACGAGUGUCGUGAGAUGUCUCCGGCUCUCCCCCCGUCCCACGGCCCGACCCCCUCCCAGACCGCCAUGCACCACACGCAGCUCAUGCUGACGGGUUCCCAGCUUGCAGGGGACAUCCAGCAGCUGUUGCAGCUGCAGCAGUUGGUGCUGGUGCCAGGCCACCCCCUCCAGUCCCCCGCCCACUUCCUCCUGCCCCAGACCCAACAGGGCCCUCAAGGACUCCUGUCACAAAAUCUAAUUUCGCUAUCUCAGCAAAACCAAGGGGGCAUGCUGUCCACCCACAGCCGGCUGGGGAUGCAGGCACAGAGGGAUAAAGGUGUGGAGGUCGGUGGGGCGGGAGGCGGGGGCAGUUCGAGCUCCGUGACCCCUCACCCCGAGGAGCCCAGUGACCUGGAGGAGUUGGAGCAGUUUGCCCGCACCUUCAAGCAGAGACGCAUCAAGCUUGGCUUCACACAGGGGGACGUAGGUCUGGCCAUGGGGAAGCUGUAUGGAAACGACUUCAGCCAGACCACCAUCUCCCGCUUCGAGGCCCUCAACCUGAGCUUCAAGAACAUGUGCAAACUCAAGCCGCUGCUGGAGAAGUGGCUCAAUGACGCAGAGACCAUGUCCAUGGACAGCACCCUGCCCAGCCCCAGCUCCAUGUCCUCCCCCUCGGGCCUGGGCUUUGAGGGUCUGCCCGGCCGCCGCAGGAAGAAGAGAACCAGCAUCGAGACCAACGUCCGCGUGGCCCUGGAGCGCGCCUUCAUCACGAACCAGAAGCCUACCUCAGAGGAGAUCCUGCUGAUCGCCGAGCAGCUCAACAUGGAGAAGGAGGUGAUCCGCGUGUGGUUCUGCAACCGCCGCCAGAAGGAGAAGCGCAUCAACCCGUCCAGCGCCACCCCGCCCCUGCCCAGCCAGCCCCCCACGGCCCAGGCCACGCACAAGACCCCCUGCUACAGCCCCCACAUGAUGUCCAGCCAGCUGUCCCAAGCCGUGACGAGUCUGAGCAGCACACCAGUAGUGUCCACCAUGUCCUCCAUGUGCCCCCUGACCUCCAGCCUCAGCUCCACCCACCCCUCCCUAAGCUCCACCCACUCCAUCUUGAGCUCAGCCCACCCAUCUUUAAGCUCCGCCUCCUCCCCAGUGACUCCUCCCCCUGCACCUCCACGCAGCACCUCGAGCCCAGCCAUCCCCAGCCAAAGCACACUCAACAUCAACGCAGGCUUAUGGCGCAUGGGUAAAAAGAACGGUGACCUGUCUAACUACAUCACCGAUUUUGCUGCAAACUUGAGGAACACUGUGAUGGGAGUUAACACAGGGCUGAACCAAGCUCUCCUGGGUAACAAUCCCCUGGCCACUAUCCAAGCCCUAGCAGCCAGUGGUGGCCAGCUGCCGCUUUCCAGUCUUGAGAGUGCCAGCAAGAUGCUGUUGGGGUGCGCUCAGGGUCAGGGAGGGGGGCUCCCUUCCUCCCUCUUCCUCAACCACCCCGCCCUGCUCCACAUGGGCCAGAACCCCGGAUUGGUCAGCUCAGCCCUGGCCAAAGCCUCCCACUCCUCCCUCUCCUCCCACUUCCCCUCUGCCAGCAGCAUCAGCCCCACCCUCUGCUCCCCCUCCCCUUGCUCGAGCCCUGCCUCUUCCUGCUCCUCCAGUGAGAUGGCGCACAGCCCGCCCUCUCUGGGAGGGGCCAAGAUUGAGUGACCUCGCCAAAGGUCAAUCAGAGAGGAGAAGGGGUUAGGAGGAGGUAAAAGGAGGAGGAGGAGGAGGAGGAA